UGUGAUUCCACAGUCCUGAUCAUCCCAAUCAUACCAAGAUGUUUCUGGAACCUCUGCCCAGAGUUGGUUGAUCAGAAUCAGGGAAUGAAUAACCCCUUUCAACCUGGCUCCUGUCCAAUCUGGCAACCUCGAUCAGUCCAAUCUGGCAACCCCGGGCUGCCUCUGUGUGAUCUUCUCACAGAGAAAAGCAAAUGCAGCAGGGAAUCGCAGAGCAGAGGAACGUGUCCGAGAGCCGAGCCACGUCUCUACAGCUCCAUGGCUCUCCAUCAGGCUCGAAGUGACGGAGCUCCUGGUUAUUCCUGAGAUUUCAGCGCAUGGGAUGAUGGAUGUACUACACACGACUAACAUUUUUAUGACAUUUUUCCUUUUUUUUGGAAAAUAAUAUAGCGUCAGAGAGCUGAAGUGGUCAAACACGAGAUAAUCUUUCAGCACCAUUAGGAAUUCAGUGAGUGAAGGAUUUACACUGCUUUUGGACACUUGGGAUGGAGAUGGAAUAAAAUCAGAUAGAAACUGCAGGAUGUGAGGUGCCUGAUGUCUCUGAGCUGGAUUAAGACUCCAAGAUUCCUUCUUACAAGUUUCCUGCCUGAAGUCACCACGGGUUAACGAUGCAUCACUAACGAGACUACGUCCAAGAUUACAUAACGAUACAGAAAUGGUGUGUACUGAGCGAAACUCCGGCACCUCCGUGCCCAAAAAGGAGCCUCAGGUCCGUCCUAAACGCAAAUCCCGCCCUCAGGGCCUCCCGUCCCCGGCGCUGUGCUGCGCGUGUGGCCUGUGCAUCAUGCUAGCAGGUAUCAACAUCACCCUAGUGGGAGCCUUCGCCUUCACGACGCUUAUGCCCUCCGGUAAUCCGCCCAUCAUCAUUGGACCCGUCCUUCUGCUCGUUGCCUUCACGUUCUUUGCUGCCUGCUGCGUGUGCAGCCGCAUGCCUCCUCCGCACAGUUCACGACGAACCAAAUCAGGCACCGCGGGUUUCUUGAGGCAUCACGGGGCGGCGUUCGAGAUCGAAACCAGUGAGCACACCAUUCAGGACACGACAGCCGUCCAGCUCAGUCCCACCAACUCGCCCAGCCUGUCGCGCAGCUCAGAAUCCGAUCGAGAUGCUAACGUAAAUGCAAGUGCCAACAUUAACGCUAAUGCCAAUGCUAAUCCACCCGCUCCGGACUAUUCGCUCUUCACCAUGGAUGCUAACGGGCCAGACUCGGUGUCGGCAGCUUUUUCCACCGUAACAGGAAGUGGGGAAGAGGUUAGGCUCACGCUGCCCUCGAACGCCACCUAGAGAUUUUAAAUCUAUUCGGAUGUGUAAAUAAAACAUUACAGGAGGGAAGGAGGCACUUGGGAGCUCUUUUGUGGUUUGUGUGGUGCAUUAGCGUAAACAUAUUAGCGGAAGAUCAUUACUGGAAAAGUCCCGAUCCAAAGGAGUCCGUGACGUAACAGUGACGUGACACUGGCAGCUUUUACAGUCUCCACAGGAAGUGAGAACAUCGUCACGUUCGCUUUAUCAUCCAACGGCACGCAGAAGAAUCCACAAAUCUUCACAGAGAUGUAAAUAACAUGCUUUGAGAGGGGCGUGGCCGUUUGUGUGAUGCUGGAAUUUCCUGAUUGGAAAUCUAUGUGGCAAUUCCAUGAAGAUCUUUAAAGAUGACUGAGAAACUCCUCGAAAUGGAAGCCUCAGAUCCUUCACUACGGAUGCUAAUCAGACAAGCUUGGUGUUAGCAAACUAUUGCUUUUUUUUUGCUUCUGUCAUCUAUUUUCACAGAGAAGAGUCCAUGAGUUUCCACUGAGAUGUAAAAAAACAUUAUUGCUAAUUGGUGUAGCUUUGGCACUGACUGCUACUUUUGGGCAUUUUGUCCACAGGAAGCAGAGACGAGGUCAGAUUUACUUCACCUUCUGAUGAUGCCACCUCGGAGCUGAGUAGCGUACUGCUUUAGCGCAGAGGUGUUAGCUGCUUUUGGAAGUCCUGCUUUUGGAAAGUUGACAGAGAAACGUAUUAAGAGCUUUUGAAAGUCCCAACUCCAAAUGGAUGGAGCCUCGGCGUGUGAAUCACCGUGUCUUGUGUUUCACACGUUCGCACUCUGCCACUGUUACUCAGAUUAUUCACAGUUAUGGCGCUAACGAAGAGACAGAAUCCGCCGUCCUGCCAAGAUGUCUUCGCAGACGGAGUGCAGAAAUACGGCCAUGUGAUUAUUACACGGACUAAAAGCAAAUACGAACCUUCUCACUUUCCAGACACAUGUUUCUUUUUCCGUUUCUAUAAAAACGUGUUGUUUAGUAUCACACCGAACAGGAGGCACUGCCAUUUUCUAAAGGAAGGGGGGACAAAACUAUUAAGAGUCAUGAGUAUUAAAAAACUGUCCAGUCCAGACAACCAUCAUUAAGUUGUAGUAUUUUUAGUAUUCUCAGUGAGUGAAAGCAGGUUAUGCUAACAGUGUGCUGCGAGUGGAACUGAGGGGCAGAUCAGUGGGGCAGAAACACUGAACUUUUCACCUCAACAAUUCAGAUGCUUUCAGUUAAGUAAAACUCUAAAUAAAAAUCCAGAGUCGCAGCAGCACUCUCUCAUUGCGCUUGACCACCUCGCUCAGGCUCUCUCGGACCCGAGUGUGAACGCCGUACAAAUUCCAUUCAAAGCCACGCCCCCAGAACACAUUAACACACUAAACUGCUAAUGAAAAAGGUGGAGCUUCCUUAACUGUCAUACAACAUUAUUCCAUUCUUGUUCAGAGACUCAUUUAUUACCUGAUGGAUAAAGGGCUUCUUUAAACCACUUUUAAUCCUUUCGGGAGAAUUUAGUCAACUACAGAAAUAUUGGCAAAGACUAGACACUAAUGAUUAACUAGAGAUUAAAAAGGAUUAGUGAGUUUAAUCUCACAGUGAUAAUGUGAUCCUUUAAUUACAGCCAAUUUAUGAUCUAAUGUAAUCUAAUCUUAUCUUAUCUCCUGCCUGUUUAAUGAUGAAGGGAAUUAUUUCUCUGUGUCGCCUCGUAUUCAGACCCCCGGCGGGUGACUCGGGGCCGACUCAGGUGAAUUUUAAGAAUUUUAAAGACGUGUGAUUUUGUUACAAAAAUGUAGUUUACUUAAUAUUAUAAUAACUUACUUAAACGACAGGUUUCCUUGAUCUUUACCAGGGGUGCCAAUACUUCUGGAGCUGACCAUAAUUCAACAGUUCUACUUUUUUUUUCUUUUAAGAAACAUCAAACUGGACAUUUAACUGGAGAAGCUGUUAGUAUUAAACAUAUGCACGUGUUAUUGCACCAUAAAGUACAACAACCAAUCAGGUUCCAUUAUGCAAAUGACAGGCCACGGAGCAGGGUUAUAAAGUGGGCGGGGCUUGCGGUGGUGGCAGUGUUUUGUGUGUUUGUGGAAGGUAAAUUUAGACAGAUCUUUUCCCCGCUGUUUUCUUCAGCAUGCCAUAUUUAGUUUUUAUUCUUUCUACUAAAUCGUCACGUUGCAUUUGGAAAUGCAACGGAUUUUCCGUCCAGCGCUCGUUGACCGCGGGUCAGCAAACACGAGUUUUCCACAAUACUCAUCAGAAAAGGUCAUCACUCAUUACUCGAAUUAUUCAGCAGAGAAAAAGUGGCUAAUGGAAAAUAACAUUAUGACAUGACAAGUGUGUGUGUGUGUGUGUGUAGAGUUACAUUAAACAAAAAAAUAAAAAAAAAGGGCUGAUGGACUGAACAUACAGUGUUUCAGCUUCACUGAUUUUUAUGGAAAGUAAAUACAAAUAAAAUUCCCAGAUGCCUUUCGUUUAAGGGGCAAAUAACUUUCAGGAAUAUUAUAAUGCAGAUAAAUUCACUAAACCUUGUGAUCUACAGCAGGAACAAAGGCCUCGUUAGGGAAAAGAAUAAACCGUCCUGUGUUCAUUUGCAUGCUCAUUUGCAUAAUGUGACAUCACUACUGCAAAUGUAAAUAUUGCAUCAACCCUGUGCUCACGCUAGUGACAUGUGACAUUUUAAUUAAGUGACAAAUCCAAAAGAUUGUCUCUAACAAUUCCUCGGUCCGGCGUUUAAGUCACUGAUGACUUCUGCUAGUGGGUGCCUUCAGAAAAACUGGUCCUGACAUAUGAGACUUCUCAUUAAACGUGAGCAACGUUAGGAAGAAAUAUAAACCUGAGAAGGAAGUAUCAGAGAUCGUCAGUGCCUCUGUUGACGUGUACAUAGCUUGGACAGUUAGCUCACUUUGCUAAUCUCAUCUGAGGACAAAGCUAGUACGAAGCCCAAGCUUGUGACAUGUAACUCGUAUAAUUAGUGUUCAAAACAAAAGUAAUAUUCUGGAUGAGGCCACGCCCACCAGAAACAGCUAGCUGGGUUUUUUUUAUUGCACCAACAUGACCAGACAGUGUCAGAACACACUAAUAUCCACACAGAGGUGGAACCAGAGGGACAAGUUCCACUAGGUUAACACACCAGCAUUAUCCACAGCGCUAUAGCAUAACAUUGAAGGUGCUCUAUGCUAACAUUUCAGAUUCUCUCAUUAAAGUUAAACCAUCAUACCCCUAAUCUAAUCUAAUCUAAUCUAGUCUAAUCUAAUCUAAUCUAAUUUAAUCUAAUCAUGUUGGAUGCUUCAUAACUGUUACCAUGGAAACAGAAAGCCUUAAUGACCGUGAUCUCAGGAUGGAUGUGAUGAGGGCUAAUUAAACAUACGCCAUAUAUUUACGGUUUUGUAACGUUAGACUGUGACUCUGUGCUUUACAGUUGAUCUGCAUGUGUUUGUUUCUUCGUUUGUUUGUUUCUUCGUUUGUUUGUUUGUUUGUUAAAGCUGUGAUGAUGUGCACUGUGGCUGGUUAAGAGGAUUAUAAAGAAAAAUAUGAGUCAUUUUUGGGAAAUUGUCUUCUGUGUGUUUUUCAUUGGGAUUAUUCAGUGUUGUUAGGGAGAAUAAUAUUAAUGAACAUAAUGGACGGAACAUGUUUACAAAUCGGACAGCAAACUUAAUUUUCUUGAUUGUUUGAGCUGACAGAGUGGACGUUACCUUUACCCCGCUAGCACAACACGACCUGCUAGUGUUGUGUCAACAAGCUAAACGUAACUCUAGCUGUGUAGCUAGAGAAAGGAGAGAGAGAGAGAGAGAGAGAGAGAGAGAGAGAGAUUCUUGCGGACAAACAGAACAUCACAUAUGGAGGAUAUUUUAAGAUCACUGCAUUUGUGGGAAGAUUGUUCAGGAUCAGUGUCUGAUCUUUUCUUUAUUUCCGGUUUUCUGUGCAUUUCUCUUUAAACCGUCCAUGGACACACAGACAGCUCUGUAUGACCACUCAAGAAAUAAAACAACUUUACACACACUUUCAGCUUUUUAUCUGGAUUCAGAUUCAGGUUUGAUGAAAAAAUCUACAAUAGUCUUAAAAGAAAAGAUCCACACUUCUCUUUAUAAAGAAAUGUUCUGAUGACUUAAAUGAGGAAAACGUUUAGAUAUAGUGAGCACAAGACUGAAACUAAAAAGGAUCACAAUAAACAUUAAUAAAUACUUAUAAACAUUAGAAAGGUUGUAUAAUUAACUCAGGUGAUGGAUCAGUUGUGAGUCGGUUCAUUUAAAUGAUCCGUUAGAGCCGAAUCCCAAACACGAACUUUAUCCUUGUGUUUUUCCUCUUCUUCUCGAAUGUAGUGAAUAUCGUUAUUCUGCAGCGUAAAAAUAUUUAUAUAAAUAAAAAAUACAAUUGCUUCAUUAGAGACCUUUUUCCAGUGAGUCGUGUGUUUGACUCUCGAGGAUUCAUCCGCAUUGUUUAUAUAAUGUAAUGCUAAAGAAAUGUCAAUUUGUUUAUUAAACGAUUUCAUGCAGCACUGCCAGCUUUUCACAAAUGUGACAAAUGUAGUUGCGGACUGAAUGACUAAUAAUUAGCGUGCACUGCCUCCUGCUGGACAGUGCCGGAAUUACACGUACCGUCUACGUUGCUGUAAAGUUAUUAUUAUUAUUAUUAUUAUUGCAUAAAACUAACCAAAUACACUGCUAAAAUUUUGCUCAAUAUUUUCAAAUAAUGUACAAAAAUGCUAUUACACCAUCGUUACAUGUUGUACACAGUGAUGCUGGCCACCAGAUGGCGCCAUGUGCACAGUGAAUAUUUUACACAGCUGUUCCUAGUAGUACAGUGUGAGGUUUGAUAACUCUCAUUAUUUUUAAUGAAUUAUGCAGUAAUGUGAAUUUCUAAUGCAAUUAUCUCACAAACACCAAAUCAUUUUUGUUCAGUUCAUGAAUAUUUAUAGCGUCUUUGCCACAGGAAAGCUCCUUUUA